AUGCCUACUAUUCGAAUCUUCAGCCGGGACCACCCAGUUCGCACUCUUAUUGUGGCCACAUCCGACGAUGCGUUGAUCUUCCAGCAUAGCUUAGUGGAAUCAGCUGGUACUGACUUCCCGGCGAGCCCUAACACUGAGCGCUGCUUGGUGGAAUUUGCUAGUCUAUCUUCUAUAGACUUGACAGGCUACCGACCCUUGGGGUCUGGCUAUGGAAUCCUUGGACUGAUCACCAUAGACCAGGAUGUGUUUGUUUGCGUUGUUACGCGUUCUUCCAAGGCCGCCACUGUCAGACCCGGAGAAUCUGUCUUAAGAAUCGAAGACGUAGAUUUCUAUUGUUUAAACCGCUCAGAAUACGAGUCUAGUCUCUAUUAUGACACGGAAUCUUCAUUAGCCGACGAGGACCUAUAUUCAAAUGCAGGCCCUGAUGCUAGACCGGGCCCGACGAGAAAUCCAUUCUUAUCUCUCAAGAAACUCCUGACCGAUGGUAGCUUCUACUACAGUCUUGACUUCAAUCUUACGGAUCGUCUGCAAGACCGCUCGGACAAGUCGACGGCUUUUGACAUCGACUCCCUUGACAAAGAUAUGUUGUGGAACGCGUAUAUGAUUCAACCUCUACUAUUGUUCAGAUCUCACCUAUCGCCACGCGAAAAACAACUUCUCGAUUCCUCUCAGAUUCUCACAUGUGUGAUUCGAGGAUUCUGCGGGACGCUGACCAUUCCAGCCGCUGUCAAUGACCUAUCUUCAGUACGAAAAAAACACUUGCCCUCAUUGCUAACCAUAAUCUCUCGUUUGUCCUCUCGGCGAGCGGGUACUCGAUUCAACGCGCGUGGUCUCGAUGAUGAUGGAAACGUUGCCAAUUUCGUUGAGACAGAAACAGUUUUGGUCUGUGAACCUUCCGGUGUCGCCUUCUCUUAUGUCCAGGUUCGUGGCUCGGUGCCAGUGUUUUGGGAGCAAGCCACGGGGCUUUUACCCGGUCAGCAAAAAAUCGAGGUGACGCGAUCUAUUGAGGCUACUCAACACGCGUUCGAUAAGCAUAUCCAAUCCUUGGAGCUAGAAUACGGCGCUGUCCACGUUGUCAAUCUUCUUAGCGAAUCGAAACCAGGUGAAGUUGAACUUUCUACGAGGUUUCGGGAGCAUAUAAAGAGAAAGCUUUCAGCAGAAAGUUCAAUUUCAGAUCACGCUUUGUUACGGACUACAGAGUUUGAUUUCCACGCGGAGGCUCGGGGUCCGCUGGGGUACGGGGCCGGGAACGAAAUAAAGCACGAGCUCAUACCUUCUCUGGACGGUUUUGCGUACUUUCUUUCUAAGAAAGGUCGUCUGUCUGCGAAGAAUGAUAGCGUCUCCGGAGGUACCACUACAAUUCUACAGCAAGAGGGCAUUUUCCGUACUAAUUGCUUGGAUUGCCUCGACCGAACUAACCUCGUGCAAACCAUCAUCAGUUCGCUGGCUCUUGAGUCGUUCCUGAUGCAAGAAAACGGUGUGCUAAGCCCCGAUGUUCGACUGCGACACUCCACACUUUGGGCAGAUAAUGGGGAUGCGUUAUCCAAGAUAUAUGCUGGUACUGGCGCUCUUAGGAGUUCAUACACGCGGCACGGGAAGAUGUCUCUUGCAGGUGCCCUAGCGGACGCGCGUAAAACUGCCACCAGGCUGUAUAUCAACAAUUUUUCCGACAAGGCUCGGCAGAAGACAAUAGAUCUACUGUUAGGCCGUCUGCCAGACCAGAUGCCUGUGCAUCUCUAUGACCCGGUCAAUGAUUUGGUUUCUAGCGAGCUUGAUCGAAGAGCAUCAGAGUUCACUUCCAGGAAAUCGACCAACAUUUGGACCGGAACAUUCAACGUUAAUGGGCGAGUUCAAGGACCAGAUACUGAAUUGAGCCCUUGGCUGUUUCCCAAAUAUACUGGUCAACGCAUGGAUCCGACUGUCUUUGCUGUUGCGUUUCAAGAAAUUGUUGUCUUGAGUCCCCAGCAGAUCAUGUCGACAGACCCUACAACCCGUAAAUCCUGGGAGGUUGCCGUCAUGGAUUGCUUGAAUCAGCGUGCAGCUGCUCAAAGAACCCCAAAAUAUGUCCUUUUACGGUCUGGCCAGCUCGUUGGAGCGGCUUUGAUGAUCUACGUGCGUGAGGAUAUACUCAAGGACAUAAAAAACGUUGAAGGAAGUGUUAAGAAGACUGGGCUUUCUGGAAUGGCUGGAAACAAAGGAGGCUGUGCCAUUCGCUUUGAGUAUUCAAAUACCAGGCUUUGCUUUGUAACGGCUCAUUUAGCUGCUGGGUUUGCAAACUAUGACGAGCGCAACAAUGACUAUGAAACUAUAUGUCGCGGACUCCGCUUUCAAAGGAAUCGGUCUAUCGAGGACCAUGAUGCUAUUAUAUGGCUGGGCGACUUCAAUUAUCGAAUUGGUCUACCUAAUCAGACUGUUAGGGACCUAGUGCAACAGGCCAAUUACCAAAAGCUCUAUGAUAAUGACCAACUAAAUCUUCAGAUGCUCGCGGGCCGGGCUUUCCAAUUCUAUAACGAGGGUCUUGUCACGUUUCCGCCGACGUACAAAUAUGACGUUGGAGAAGACACCUAUGACACCUCGGAGAAAGCACGUAUUCCCGCAUGGUGUGACAGAAUACUGUGGAGAGGGCCCGACUUGAGACAGCUAAACUACGGUGUUUCCCAUUUGCGACUUUCUGACCAUCGUCCAGUGUGGGCAAAUUUCACAUGUACAAUUAGCGUUGUCGAUGAGGCUCGAAAAGAGAACUUGAGGCACUCGCUCCACGCUCGCCGAAGAAGCAACCCGCAAAUCCUCGAAACCCAGCCACAGCCGGUUGGCAUGAGUGACGGUGUCCUUAUUCCCAUUGAGCCAACGACUACUGGGCUUCCUCCACCUAGCUCAGAUCAUCGUAAAUGGUGGCUCGACAACGGAGCUUCCGUAAGGUCAUCCAUACGUCCCCCAGCCAAUGGUUAUAUAUUGGAUACCUAUCGUACAUCCAAUCCUUUCUCUCCCACUGAGAAUCUCGAAUGGGGUCCAAUGACCGUGACACAAAGGAAAUCUACAGAUACCUGCGACGCGAACUUCAGAAAACCUCCGGUUCCGCCCAGGAGUACAACAGCACCGGCUACGCCCCAAUUUCCACAGCCUGUCCGACGAGGAACGGAAGAUGGUUCAAAGAAAAAUGCACCACCGGUGCCCCCUAAACCCAGCUCACUCGGCUUGAACCAGAAUCCAGCAGCAGUUGAGCACCCAUUUCAAAUUGCACACAGUGAUGCCCCCGUUCCAGAGAUCGUCGCAAAGGAUACCCACAAAUCGUCAUUGUUGACAGGAUUACUUGACGGUAAUGUCAGCGAUGAGAUCAGCUGGAAGCCUCUUCUUCAAUGA